AUGGAAAUUAUAGUGCCUCAGAAACAUAUUGUUCCUGUCAUAGAAAUUAUACUUCCUCAGGAACAUGCUGCACCUGUCAUAGAAAUUAUAAUGCCUCAGGAACAUGCUGCACCUGUCAUAGAAAUUAUAAUGCCUCAGGAACAUGCUGCACCUGUCAUAGAAAUUAUAAUGCCUCAGGAACAUGCUGCACCUGUCAUAGAAAUUAUAAUGCCUCAGGAACAUGCUGCUCCUGUCAUAGAAAUUAUAAUGCCUCAGGAACAUGCUGCUCCUGUCAUAGAAAUUAUAAUGCCUCAGGAACAUGCUGCACCUGUCAUAGAAAAUAUAAUGCCUCAGGAACAUGCUGCUCCUGUCAUGAAAAUUAUAGUUCCUUAG